AGUUUUGAUAAGUUGCAUGCUAUGUGCUCUAUUGUCUCGGCUAAAGAGCUCUUUUCUUACAGUUCGUUCUAAUGGCGAACGGGUGCGAGAUUUGCUGUGAAAUAAUGAUCGCCAUACUCCUCCCUCCACUCGGAGUUUGUCUAAGGCAUGGAUGUUGCACUACAGAGUUCAUGAUAUGUCUGAUCCUGACGCUUCUGGGAUACAUACCGGGGAUCAUCUACGCACUCUAUGCAAUCGUCUACGUUGAUCGUGAUCAGUUCUUCGACGAGUACCGUCGUCCACUCUUCUACGCCCACUCACCUUGAUUUAAUUUAUGCAUUUUCUAUUGUUUUUUUAUAAUGUUUUGAUUUCUUUUUUGUUUAAUCUAAUUCCAUCGAUUAAAUUUUCAUUAUUCUUUCAAUAAUUUUCAAGAUAUUUUAUUCUUAAACAUUUGUUUUGCGUCAUGCUCAGUUUUUUCUGUGGGUUUGUUUA